ACACCUCUUCGCAAAAAGCGUGUGCCCUUUACUGAACUCUCUCAGCAGACUAAGACCAAGAAGACCAAGAUGCUUUCCUUCUGUCCGUACUGCGCGAACAUGUUGUUGAUCUCUCCGGCGGAUGACGGCUGUAACCGUUUCUAUUGUCCAACAUGCCCAUAUGAGUUCAAGAUCAACGGGUUUCAAAUGUAUGACAGAAAGAACUUGUCCCGUAAGGAAGUUGAUGAUGUGUUAGGUGGAGAUGGUGCUUGGGAUCUUGUCGAUCAAACUGCAGCCCAAUGUCCGAUCGACUCCUGUGGUGGAGAUAAGGCUUAUUUCUUCCAGUUGCAAAUCCGUUCUGCGGAUGAACCAAUGACAACUUUCUACAAGUGUGUGAAAUGUUCCCACCAAUGGAGAGAGAACUAAUGGUGUUACCAGACGUUCAUUUGUAUAUAUACUUUGUACUAUAGAGCCGCAAUAAAAGGUGUUAAUUGAUAUG